AUUCAAAUCACUUAUAAAACUCUCAUCUACACGCUUUUUGAAUUCUAUCCAAGAAUCUUAUCAUGACAUCAACUGGUCCAACUUGCAUCAACUCACUGCGUGAACUGUACUCUGCUGCUGGUCAGUCUCAUGUUUUUACCUUUUAUGACUCGUUGUCUGUCGAUGGUCAGAAGCGUCUGCUGGACACUCUUUCUACAAUGGAUGUUGCUCGUAUUAACGGUAUCUUUAAAACCGCAAUCACUUCAACGCCUGCUUCUACUACUACCAUCGACCCCUUGCCUGCCGCCGGCUUUGACUCGACUAUUACCUCUCCUCAAAAUGUUGCUGGCUGGGAACAGGCUGGCUUGAAGUUGAUUGGCGCUGGAAAGGUUGCUGUUAUCUUGCUUGCUGGAGGUCAAGGCACUAGGCUAGGCUCGUCCGAUCCUAAAGGCUGUUAUGAUAUUGGUCUUCCAUCUGGAAAGUCUUUGUUCCAACUCCAGGGUGAGCGUAUUGUGCGCUUGCAGAAUAUUGCUGCCAAAUACUCUGCAGGUAAAAAGGUCGUUAUUCCCUGGUAUAUCAUGACUUCGGGUCCAACUCACGAUCCUACUGAGGCUUACUUUAAGAAAAUGAACUACUUUGGUCUGGAAAAGGAAAACGUAUUCUUUUUCCAGCAAGGUGUUCUUCCUGCUUUCACCCCCGAGGGAAAGAUCUUUAUGGAAACCAAGGACACUCCUGCCGUUGCCCCUGAUGGAAAUGGUGGCAUUUAUGCUGCUUUACGCAAAAAGGGUGUCAUUGCCGAUCUCGAAAAACGUGGUAUUCCCUACGUGCACGCAUACUGUGUUGACAACUGUCUAGUCAAGGUUGCCGACCCUGUCUUUAUUGGGUUUUGCAUUGAAAAAAAUGCCGACUGUGGUGCAAAGGUGGUUCCCAAAUCAUCACCCGAAGAGCCGGUUGGUGUCAUUUGUCUGCGAAAUGGCAAGCCUGGUGUCGUCGAGUAUUCUGAGAUUGACCCUGAAAUGUCCAAACAGCGGACUUCUUCGGGAACUCUUGUAUACAAUGCUGGAAACAUUGCCAACCACUUUUACACGCUAGACUUUCUCAAGCGUAUUGAGCAUUUUGAACACCAGCUCGAAUACCAUAUUGCAAAGAAAAAGAUCAAGCAUGUCGAUCUUACCACCGGUGUCGCCCAGUCACCUACUAGUGCUAAUGGUAUUAAGCUUGAGCUUUUCAUUUUUGACGUGCUUCCAUUUACUGAACGUAUGGCUGUACUCGAGGUUGCUCGUAAAGAUGAAUUCUCGCCACUAAAGAAUGCUCCUGGAUGCAAGGACGGUGACUCGCCUGAUACUUCUCGUGCAGACAUCAUGGCACAGCAUGUGAGGUUUAUUGAGGCUGCUGGUGGAAAGGUUGCACCAACUGAGGGUUCUGCUACGCCCAUUCUUGAAAUCAGUCCUUUAGUGAGUUACAAUGGUGAAGCAUUGGAUUCACUUCAAGGUGUUGUGAUACCCACUCCCAAACUUAUCUCUUCUACGGCUGAUAUUACUGCCUUGGCUUCUAAAUAAACUCGCCUAGAGUGGCUUUAUUUUCAAA